CUUGCCAGGUUUCGUUUGUAGCGUGCAACGUAUUUUAUAGACCGAUACUAGGCGCGCGGGCCCGCGUACUAAUUUUCUUCUUUUAUCUUGCUUUUUUUUGUGUGUGUGUCUUUCAAGAUCCGCCUGUGCCGUUCGUCCUCGAUUGACUUCCCAGCUGUAGGUUUCCUCGGCGCAUCGUCGCCGUGAAGCCGGCCACUUGAGAAGUUAUCAGUGCGGACAGCCAAUCGAUAUAUUUGAUUGUGGUUCAGAGAUACCAUUGAACGAAUGACCAUUCUUUACGAAGUGUGGGUGAAUAAGCCAUGAAUACCUUUUCUGGGCAGCACAAAUGGCCGAGCUCUUGCUUGAUUCAGUUCAAAAACUGCACAAUAUUACGUAAUCAUAAGUUGGUUCUGGAAGACCUCUGGGUUCGAAACAAUGUCAUUGUGGACCCUGAGCCCAUAUUUUUCGAGGAGCGGAUCACUGCCGACAUCCAACUAGACUGCAAAGGAGCCACCAUUGCACCAGGCUACAUUGAUUUGCAAAUUAAUGGAGGCAUGGGAGUAGAUUUCUCUCACAGUGUUGACACAAUUGGAGAUGCUGUUGACAAGGUUGCCAAAGGCAUUCUACCAUAUGGGGUGACAUCUAUGUGUCCAACUAUUGUCACGUCUACACCGGAAGUUUACCACAAGGCUCUCACUGCUGUGAAGAAGCGAAACGGCAGUGCUCAUGGUGCCGGAGUUCUUGGGAUUCAUUUGGAAGGUCCCUUCAUCAGCAAGCACAAGAAAGGUGCCCACAAAUCCCAGCUUAUUCAGGACUUGGAAGGUGGCUUUGAAAGGCUUAUGAAUGUGUAUGGGACUUUGGACAGCGCUGCCAUUAUCACGAUGGCACCUGAACUGGAUCCUGAUGGCAAAGUGAUCCGGGCAAUCGUUGAAAAAGGCGUUACAGUCUCUAUAGGACACUCUGAGGCUAAUCUCGUCCAAGGUGAGAAGGCAAUGCAGGAUGGAGCAUCUUUCAUCACCCACCUCUUCAAUGCUAUGUUACCUUUUCACCACAGGGACCCUGGACUCGUUGGGCUGCUGACGUCUAAGAAGCUUCCAGAGGAAAAGAAUGUAUUCUAUGGAAUCAUAGCUGAUGGUAUCCACACACACCCUGCUGCAUUGCGCAUUGCUUAUAAGGCCAACUCCAGAGGCUUGACGCUGGUCACUGACGCAAUGUCAGCUAUGGGUCUUGAAGCAGGUGUCCACUUCAUAGGGGAAAAUAAAGUUGAAAUCCUGGGCAAGCGUGCUGUGAUCGCAGGAACAACUACACUUUGCGGAAGCAUUGCAACAAUGGAUUUCUGUGUCCGGUAUUUGCAGAAAUCAACAGGUUGCACUACUGUCGAGGCCCUUGAGUCAGCAUCAUUGCAUGCUGCUGAGGUGCUUGGCAUCCAGAAGCACAAAGGAACCCUUGACUUUGGCGCAGACGCAGACUUUGUAAUGCUGGACAAUAACCUUCAUGUGUUGUCUACUUGGAUUGCUGGAGAAUGUGUCUGGAUGAAACCUGGGACUGAACUCAUUGUUAUAAAUGCAAAGCCUAAUGUGAUAUCAAGGAGUUAGAGGCUGGCAGCUGAAGACAACUAAGAUAAGCUUAUAAAUAUAUAUUUGAUAAAUUGGAUAA